AUGGCACACGUCCGCACUGUGCCCCCCGCUCCCCUCCUGUGCCGUGACUGGCUGCGGGCCCGCCACUGGCGUCCCGGCCACGCUCCCAUUUGCUUGUCGUCGUCGAAUCUGGAAGUCUACCGUAUUUCCCCCUUCCCGCACGUUGACCAAGUCGCCAGUCCAGCCCUGCGUCUGCCUCUCGCUCCUCUGCUCUUGCUUGCCUCGCGCCGCCAAUGCGACUCUGCCCAGGAGCAGCGCUGCUUGCUUAGAGUCUCAGUAAUCGCGUCAGCCGGAAACCUGCAAGCCACAACGUUUUGCUCUACCCAGGCUCAAAAGCAUCCAGCGGCGGCACAGUCGGGAGCUCGACGCGGCCCACGCCGCUACGCUGCUGCUGCCGUCGCAGUCAGUGGUGGGCCUGUGCCCGACCCAGAGCUGUGGAAACGAGAAUCCUCGAGACCCAGCGAACAUGGUGACCACCCUCCUUCCAAAGUGGUCGCUGUGCCCAUCCGCUCCCUGCUCCGGGCCUCGAUCCCACUGACAAGCGGCCACGAGGCACCCACGAGAGUUUGGGGAUUACUUGUCCGUACCACCGAUGGUACCUGUCCUCAAGGCAAGCAUACCCCUGCUUCGUUGGACGGAAUGAAAAAGAAGAGCGUCCUCGUUGACCGAGCCGAUUGGAGUUCGUCAUCGACACUUGGCCUGAUGUUUGAGUUGCUGGUCCGAUCUGGUCGUCAACCGCCCCAUCAUGACUACACUCUGACUUGGACGGUGCUUCAAGGAUCACACACGACCACAACUUAA